UGCUUUUCAGUUUUCACGUUACUUAAAAACAGAGUUGUCCUGGGGCUGUAAUAAAACUGCUAAUUGCUCUCCAUUAAUUUGUGCUCGGGGAAUUCUUUGAGCAUAAAUGGCAACCUACUAGAACAGCCCGGGAAAGACAUUCAGCAAGCUUUCUUUACCUCUUACCUUGCAAUAGCUACAAGGUUGUGUAGCUGGCUAAUAGAUUUUAACCGUGCUAGAAGCAUUCCCUCAGGUCUCGUCCAGACUGAGAUAAGGCUGUCCCGUAUGCGUCACAGUACAGGUCUGUUUGUCAGGUUACACUCUUUGGAAGCACUAGCCAGUCUAAAGUUCAGUUCUAAAUCAAAUGUGUUCUUGCAUACAAGCCCAUGGGAGGAGACCCACACUGGCUCCACCUCUCGUUUCAAGAGUGGUCGGCUAGUUUCAGUCAAACAUGACGGAUGAAUGGCUGCAUAAAUUUAGACUCUAAGAUCAUUGGGGGAACAGGUGUCUCUGUUUUGGACGUGGUUGUUUUAACAGGUCUCUAGAGACAAGAAAAGGCAAAGAGAGACCAUGUUUUAGAAAGCCCGUGUUGGCAGCCCAUUCUCUACAAUGAACAAUGAAGAUGAGUUCUAUGAUGCCGUCACAGGCUUGGAUUCAGACGAGUCGUGUGAAGGCACAUCAGAAGCCAGUUUUAAAGAUGCUGUAGUGUAUGUCGGCGCUCAGAAGAACAAUGGAGCGGUUCCUCAGGAGAACGGAAUUAAGAAGCACAGGUCGUCUCUUCCUGCCCCCAUGUUCUCCAGGAAUGAUUUUAGCGUAUGGAGCAUUCUCAAGAAAUGUAUUGGACUGGAGCUGUCCAAGAUCACCAUGCCCAUUGUGUUCAAUGAGCCCCUGAGCUUUCUACAGAGAAUCUCUGAGUAUAUGGAGCACACAUACCUCAUCCAGAAAGCCUGCUCACAGUCUGACUCUAUAGAGAGGAUGCAGACGGUAGCUGCCUUCGCUGUGUCUGCAGUAGCAUCUCAGUGGGAUAGAACUGGAAAACCUUUCAACCCGCUUUUAGGAGAAACCUAUGAACUCACACGAGAGGAUCAGGGUUUCAGACUGAUCUCAGAGCAGGUGAGUCACCAUCCGCCAAUCAGUGCGUUUCACACUGAGAGUCUGGCAGGCGACUUUGUGUUCCACGGCUCCAUCUACCCCAAACUCAAGUUCUGGGGCAAAAGUGUGGAGGCAGAGCCUAAAGGGACCAUCACGCUAGAGCUUCACAAGCAUAAAGAGGCAUACACUUGGACGAACCCUUUCUGCUGUGUACACAAUAUAAUUCUUGGUAAACUGUGGAUUGAACAGUAUGGCACUGUAGAAAUUGUCAACCACAGUACUGGAGAGAAGUGUGUGCUGAACUUUAAACCCUGUGGGAUGUUUGGAAAGGAGCUGCACAGAGUUGAAGGUUACAUCCAGGAUAAGAGUAAGAAGAAGUGCUGUGUGAUCUAUGGGAAAUGGACAGAGUGUAUGUGGAGCGUCGACCCGCAGGUGUACGAGGCCCAUCGGAAGCUCGAGAAGAGAGGAACGACGGACACUAGAAAACAGAAACAGGAGGAGCCAGAAGCCGUCAACGAGGAUGCUGAUGAAAUGCCUGAAGUACAGGAGACUGUGGCAGUGAUUCCUGGUAGCACAUUAUUAUGGAGAAUAUCAUCGAGACCACCUCAUUCAGCUGAGAUGUAUAACUUCACUAAUUUUGCCAUGACGCUGAAUGAGCUGGAGCCUGGCAUGGAAGGAGUCCUGGCACCAACAGACUGCCGCCUGCGGCCUGACAUCAGAGCCAUGGAGAACGGCAACAUUGAUGAAGCCAGCAUAGAAAAGGAGAGACUGGAAGAGAAGCAGAGAGCAUCUCGUAAAGAGCGGGCCAAAGAUGGUGAAGAUUGGUCGACUAGGUGGUUUCAGUUAGGCACAAAUCCGUACACAGGAUCACAGGACUGGCUGUACACUGGCGGCUACUUUGAUAGGAAAUACACAGACUGUCCUGAUAUCUACUGAUGAGGAGGUGCAAGUUCAAAUGGCAAAGGUUUCGUCACCUCCUUCCUCUCUCUCUCUCUCCGUCUACACCAACCCUCUACACGAUGCACCACACUGCGUCCAACUGAAAACGAUAGCGCUUAUGCUUUCAUUAAUAUUGAGCUGCUUCCAUAUUCAGCACUUGUGUUUAUGAUUAUGCUUUUGUCCUUUGGAAGCGUCUUCCCUCACUUCCCAUCAGUCCUUUGGGUUUUAUCAAUGGAGGAAAGCAUCAAAACAGCAGUGGAAGAACCAAUUAGCCUUUUUCUUCCUUUGUACGUACAAACCCCUCAUCAGAGCCCCAGUUUGUUCACUGUCAGUGAUGCUGGAGCUUGAUAAAGAUGUAGUUAUAUAACCAAUAAAAUGUGACACUGAAGUGCUCUGGCCGUUGUCCAUGUACAGUAGGCGUUUAACAUAUGAAAUCUAAUUCCAGAUGUUUGAGCGUGAAGUUGAUCAAGCAUUAGUGAAAUAACGAUGUAAUGUUUCGUGAAUGAUGAUGAAUGUUAAUAAUGAACUGUGGGUGCGUGUAGAUGUGUGUGCGCUUGUGGCAGUUAAUGUAAAAAGCCAUAGAUUUUGUUUUAAUUGGUACAAUAUUUUGCCUUUUGGAUUUUCAGAUUAAGCUUUACGUAAAAUAGCCUCAUCGUGCAUUUUAAAAAUGGCCUCAACAGCUGUUUUUCUUUUUUUCCUUUCACUUCAUGGUUUCCGCAGAGACUCAUGGGAUGUAAAAUAGGCUGAAUGUACCGACAUUAAUCUGUUGUUUUAAUAAGGCUCUGUUGACAUACUGUAAAUGCACAUUUUCAUAUUUCACAGGUCUUCUAAUGUAUUGGUGUCACACUAAAUUGUUCCUCAUGCACUAUCCAUCGAAUUUGUUUUAUGAAAAGUAGGUUGUCUUGGGUUGUUUUAUCCAUCAGGAUUUGCAUCCGUUAUCACCGUUCUCAAACAUAGACAUGUACACUGUGUAUUUGAGAAACUGACAAAAUCUAUGCAACCCAUCAAACUGCUCAAACCCCACACAAUAUUUCAGUCUUAAUGAACCUACAGAAUGGCAGCUUAUGUAAGUGUAAAUAUUUGAGAGAAUAUUUCCUGCCUGUAGAUGCCAUGAAGAGUAUUUUACACCUAAUCAUAUACUCAUUCAUCAUAAAAGCGGUUCUUUUCAUCUAGAGAUGAUCUGAAGUGUGCAGGUCAAAUGAGUUCGUUUGAAGCACACCCAUGCAACCAUUGUGUCUCUUCUCAAGUACACAAGCGUGUUUUGUUUCCCACAGUGCCUGACUUUGAACACAUCAGUGAGUCACUAGUACUUCAUCUUGAGCUGUUUGUUUCGCACUUAAAGAUUUAUUUGAAUAUGUUAGACAUUUUAUUUAAUCUUCUAACCAUCGUUGCCCUCGUCUGAGUACUAAACGUCAACAAGAAUGUCAGAAUAUAUUCAGCAUCUGUUAGUCACACACAUCACAUUCAGUACACUACUUGUUUUGCAUCCUGUAUUGUAUCUGUUCCUUCAUUAAAUGUACAUUUGAUUAUUUGAAAACUAGCGUUCUAAAACUAAUAUUCCACAAUUAAACUAUAGAUUUUAUUUUA